AUUCAAACCCUCAACUAUAUUCAUUCUCUCUUCUUCCCUCUACCUCUCUCUCUCUGUAUACAAAGCUCAUGGAGUAGAGCCAACCCUUUUCUGCACUUUCGGUUUCUGCUUCUCUUUGAACAGCAAACCUUAAACCCUAAACUAGUAGUGAUUAUGAGUUUCAACCAUGCCGCCUUGUUGGCGUGGACACUCAGCUUCCUCCUGUUCUCUCAGCAGAUCACAGCCCAAUACGCACCGCCUCCGCCACCAUCCAACAACUCAGGCGGGCCGAGGUUCGACAUCAAGAUGGCCGUGGUGAUGGUGGUCCUGGUCGUCGUCUUCUUCAUCCUCGGCUUCUUGUCCGUCUACACCCGCCAGUGCGCCCAGACCCGCCUGCAGGGGCAUGUGGACCUUGCGCUCCGCAACGGCAUGGCACGUGGGCUCGACCCCGCCGUCAUCGAGACCUUCCCGGCUUUCCUCUACUCCGACGUCAAGGGGCUCCAGCUCGGCAAGGACUCGCUCGAAUGCGCCGUGUGCUUAAACGAGUUUCAAGAUGACGAAACGCUGCGUUUGAUCCCCAAAUGCGAUCACGUGUUCCACCCGGAUUGUAUCGACACGUGGCUGCUCUCUCACUCCACUUGCCCAGUUUGCCGGGCGUACCUGGUUCCCAAGCCGGGCGAAGAGCCCUACACUUGGGUUGACCCGACUGACCCCGAUAUCGAAUCAGGUCAACCUGAUGCAGGCUCGUGUACUGUGGAUGAACCGCCACCACCGCAUAUGCCACCCCGCCAGGUGUCAGUUCGGGUGGUUGAAGAUCAAAUCAAAGAGGAAGAAUCUCAAACGCCAGUGGUUAUUAAUUUGGUGAAUGUAAGUGAAGGAACCAAUCAAAGAGGUCCACCUAGGUCGAGGUCAACAGGUUUUAGACCGCCGAGGUCAGGAUCAACUGGGAGGCGAUUCACUGGAAUAUUAUUUCCAAGGUCACAUUCGACCGGUCACUCGUUGGUUCGACCCGGCGAGAACGUCGAGAAGUUUACACUACGAUUACCAGACGAGGUACGAGCUCAGCUCAUGAACUCGGCCUUGAUUCGUAGCAGGAGUAGCAACGUGGCAUUCCCAAGGGCUGGGAGUACAAGGAAAGGUAUUAGGAAUGACUCAAGCUCAGGGUCAAACCGGGCGAGCCGGUCAAGCCGGUGGGGUUUCUCAAUGAUGCCACCUUUUGUUUCUCGGAACGGUUCUGUUAGGAACCAAAUUGGAGAUAAUGACGUGGCAACCCAGUCGACAGUUGCUCCAUCGGAAUCGAAGAAAUCACAGUUGGCUCAUAUUGACGGUGAUGAUGAUGAACAGUCAACUGAUGCGUUGCGGAGAAAAGAUCAGUUUUAAAAUAUGUAGCAGUUUAAAUUUGCCUCUACUCAAAUUUUGUGUACAUAUUUAUUUAAAUUUGUUUCUUAAAUUUUUUUGUUCAAAUUGUGAGACAAAACAUGUAAUUAGAGUUAUCCGCACAAAGUGAAGAAUAAAGUAGUUGGAGGAGCGAGAGUUUGUGAAUCGUGAUUAAUGUAUGUAAUUACCAUAUCA